AUGGAAGUCAUUGACGCAUUCGGAAUAUGCAUGGAGGACUUUUUAUCUAACAAGCUGAAUGCGAAUAAGCUGGAUCUCAAACUGUCACUUCACCACGCUUUUACCAACUACUGCCAGACCCUUUUCAACAGGAAUGAAGCGUGCAUAUUGAACAUUAACAAGCAGGAGGCUGGCCCAGACCGAUUCACGACCACUUUCGGUUUGUCUUGCCAGCAUGGUAACGUUUUCGUCGGCCUCUACCACUGCUGCGCCAAGACAUCUACCGCCAUAACGCCAGGUGAAGAAGUUGUUCUGUUCAAGAAUAAGACGUCCCCGCUCACUCCAUUGUGCCCUGCAGGUACUAAAAUAUCUGUGAUAAGCUCGGGCCAGCGCGGCAAUGUUAUGUGCGACAAGGGACACAUCACGUCGACCCUUAAUAGAUCAUCCGACAAGUGCAACGGCAAGGAGUUGUGCUCUAUUCCAUUCGAUGAUUCGCAGUUAUCGUGCAGAGAAUGCUCCGCCUCCCACUUCGUUAAGUACACAUGCGAAUGA